AUGUCCGCAUUCGUCAUUUUGAAUGGAGAUGGAGUCAACAAUAUAGCAAAACAAACCAAAUUAUGUUUCUUUUCUUCGUCCUUUGCUUCUUUUUUUUUUUGCUUCUUCUUUUCUUCCUUUCUUCCUCAUUUGCUUUUUUUAUUCUUCUUCUUUUCUUCCUCAUUUGCUUUUUUUGUUCCUAUUUCUUUUCUACUUUUCUUCCUCCUUUGCUUUUAUUUAUUUUUUUUUUUGCUUCUUUUAUUCUUUUUUCCUUAUUUGCUUUUUUUUUGCUUUUCUUCCUCCUUUGCUUUUUUUUCUUCUUUUUUUUUCUUCUUUUGCUUUUUUUUUUUCUUCUUCUUUUCUUCCCUUUUGCUUUUUUUUCUUCCUUUUUCUUUUUUUUUUUUUUUUCUUUUCUUCCUUUUUCCUUUUUUUCUUCUUCUUUUCUUCCUUUUUUUUUUUGCUUCUUCUUCCUUUCUUCCUCUUUUGCUUUUUUGCUUCUUCUUUUCUUCCUCUUUUGCUUUUUUUGCUUUCUUUUUUUUUUUUUUUUUUUCUUUCUUUUCUUCCUCCUUUUUUUUUUUGCUUCUUCUUUUCUUCCUUUUGCUUUUUUUGCUUCUUCUUCUUUUCUUCCUCCUUUUUUUUUUAUUUACUUCUUUUUUUUCUCCUUUUGCUUUUUGCUUUUUUCCUCCUUUGCUUUUUUGCUUCUUCCUCCUUUGCUUUUUUUCCUUCUUCUUUUUUUUCUUCCUUCCUCCUUUUUUUUUGCUUCUUCUUUUUUUCCUCCUUUGCUUUUUUUCUUCUUUUUUUCUUCCUCCUUUGCUUUUUUUGCUUCUUCUUUCUUUCUUCCUUUUGCUUUUUUGUUUCUUCUUCUUUUCUUCCUUUUUGCUUUUUUUUUCUUCUUCUUUUCUUCCUCCUUUGCUUUUUUGCUUCUUCUUUUUUCUUCCUCCUUUUUUUUUUUUUUUUCUUUUUUCCUCCUUGCUUUUUUUAUUCUUUUUUUCCUCCUUUGCUUUUUUUUUCUUCUUCUUUCUUCCUCCUUUGCUUUUUUUGCUUCUUCUUCUUUUCCUUCCUUUUGCUUUUUCUUCUUCUUUUCUUCCUCCUUUGCUUUUUUUGCUUUUUUUUUUCUUUCUUCUUCUUUUCUUCUUUUCUUCCUUUUUGCUUUUUUUCUUCUUUUCUUCUCCUUUUGCUUUUUUCCUCCUUUUUUUUUUUUCCUUCUUUUUCUUCUUUUCUUCCUCCUUUUUUUUUUUUUCUUCUUCUUUUCUUCCUCCUCUUCCUUUUUUGCUUCUUCUUCUUUUCUUCCUCCUUUGCUUUUUUUGCUUCUUCUUUUCUUUCCUUUCUUUUGCCUUCCUUUUGCUUUUUUUCUUCUUUUCUUCUUCUUUCUUCUUUUUUUUUCUUCUUUUCUUCCUUUUUGCUUUUUUUGCUUCUUCUUUUCUUUUCUUCUUCCUUUUUCUUUUCUUCCUCCUUCUUCUUUUCUUCCUUCCUUUGCUUUUUUGCUUCUUCUUCUUUUCUUCCUCCUUUGCUUUUUUUUUCUUCUUUUCUUCCUUUUGUUUUUUGCUUCUUCUUUUUUUCCUCCUUUGUUUUUUUCUUCUUCUUUUCUUCCUUUUGCUUUUUUUUUUUCUUCUUCUUCCUCCUCCUUUUUUUUUUGCUUCUUCUUUUUUUCUUCCUCCUUUGCUUUUUUCUUCUUCUUCUUUUCUUCCUUUUUUUUUUCUUUUCUUCUUUUAUUCCUCCUUUUGCUUUUUUUUGCUUCUUUUUUCUUCCUCCUUUGUUUUUUGCUUCUUCUUUUCUUCCUCCUUUUCUUCUUCUUUUCUUCCUCUUUUUUUUUUCUUCUUUCUUUUCCUCCUUCUUUUUUUUCUUCCUCCUUUUCUUUUUUUGCUUCUUCUUCUUUUCUUCCUCCUUUGCUUUUUUGCUUCUUCUUUUCUUCCUCCUUUGCCUCCUUUUUUCUUCCUCCUUUGCUUUUUUUCCUUCUUUUCUUCUUUUUGCUUUUUUUAUUUCUUCUUUUCUUUCUCCUUUUUGCUUUUUUGUUCUUCUUCUUUUCUUCCUCCUUUUUGUUUUUGCUUCUUCUUCUUUUCUUCCUCCUUUGCUUUUUUUGCUUUUUUUUCCUCCUUUGCUUUUUUUUCUUCUUUUUCUUCCUUUUUUUUUUUUUUUUCCUCCUUCUUUUUGCUUCUUCCUUCCUCCUUUGCUUUUUUUUUCUUCCUUUUGCUUUUUUGCUUUUCUUUUCUUCCUUUCUUUUCUUCCUUUUUUUUUGCUUCUUCUUCUUUCUUCCUCCUUUGCUUUUUUGCUUCUUCUUUUCUUCCUCCUUUGCUUUUUUUUCUUCUUCUUUUCUUCCUCCUUUGCUUUUUUGCUUCUUCUUUUCUUCCUCCUUUGCUUUUUUUGCUUCUUCUUUUUCUUCCUCCUUUGCUUUUUUGCUUCUUCUUCUUUUCUUCCUCCUUUGCUUUUUUGCUUCUUCUUUUCUUCCUCCUUUGCUUUUUUGUUUCUUCUUCUUUUCUUCCUCCUUUGCUUUUUUGCUUCUUCUUUUCUUCCUCCUUUGCUUUUUUUGCUUCUUCUUCUUUUCCUCCUUCUUUUUUUUCUUCCUCCUUUUUUUUUUUUUUCUUCUUUUCUUUUCUUCCUUUUUUUUUUUCUUUUUUCUUCCUCCUUUGCUUUUUUUUAGUUCCUUUUUCUUCCUUUUGCUUUUUUCUUCUUUUCUUCUUCUUUUCUUCCUCCUUUUUUUUUCUUCCUCUUCUUUUUUCUUCCUCCUUUGCUUUUUGCUUCUUCUUUUCUUCCUCCUUUGCUUUUUGCUUCUUCUUUUUCUUCUCCUUUGCUUUUUUUCUUCCUCCUUUGCUUUUUUCUUUUUUUUUUUCUUCUUCUUUUUUCUUUUUCUUUUUCUUCUUUUCUUCCUCCUUUGCUUUUUUGCUUCUUCUUUUCUUCCUCCUUUGCUUUUUUGCUUCUUCUUCUUUUCUUCCUCCUUUGCUUUUUUUGCUUCUUCUUCUUUUCUUCCUCCUUUGCUUUUUUGCUUCUUCUUUUCUUCCUCCUUUGCUUUUUUGCUUCUUCUUCUUUUCUUCCUCCUUUGCUUUUUGCUUUUCUUUUUCUUCCUCCUUUGCUUUUUUCUUCUUUUUUCUUCCUCCUUUGCUUUUUUUUUCUUCUUCUUUUCUUCCUUUUGCUUUUUUUCUUCUUCUUUUCUUCCUCCUUUGCUUUUUUUUGCUUCUUCUUCUUUUCUUCCUCCUUUUUUUUUGUUCUUCUUUUCUUCCUCCUUUGCUUUUUUUCUUCUUUUUCUUCCUUCCUCCUUUUUUGCUUUUCUUUUUUCUUCUUUUGCUUUUUUUGCUUCUUCUUUUCUUCCUCCUUUGCUUUUUUUUCUUUUCUUCUUUUUCCUUUUGCUUUUUUUGCUUCUUCUUCUUUUCUUCCUCCUUUGCUUUUUUGCUUCUUCUUUUCUUCCUCCUUUGCUUUUUUGCUUCUUCUUUUCUUCCUCCUUUGCUUUUUUGCUUCUUCUUCUUUUCUUCCUCCUUUGCUUUUUUUUGCUUUUUUUCUUCUUUUCUUCCUCCUUUGCUUUUUGCUUCUUCUUUUCUUCCUUUUCUUUUUUGCUUCUUCUUUUCUUCCUUUUUGCUUUUUUCUUUUCUUCCUCUUUUUUUUGCUUCCUCCUUUUUUUUGCUUCUUCUUUUCUUCCUCCUCUUCUUCUUCCUCCUUUGCUUUUUUGCUUCCUUUUUCCUCUUUUUGCUUCUUCUUCUUUUCUUCCUCAUUUGCUUUUUUUGCUUCUUCUACUUUUCUUCCUCCUUUGCUUUUUUGCUUCUUCUUUUUUCUUCCUCCUUUGCUUUUUUUCUUCUUCUUUUCUUCCUCCUUUGCUUUUUUUGCUUUUUACUUCUUCUUUUUCUUUUCUUUUUUGCUUCUUCUUCUUUCUUCCUUUUGCUUUUUUGCUUCUUCUUUUUUUUCCUUUUGCUUUUUUGCUUCUUCUUCUUUUCUUCCUCCUUUGCUUUUUUUUCUUCUUCUUUCUUGCUUUUUUUUUUGCUUCUUCUUUUCUUCCUCCUUUGCUUUUUUUUGCUUCUUCUUUUUUCUUCCUCCUUUUGCUUUUUUUUUCUUUUUUCUUCCUCCUUUGCUUUUUUUGCUUCUUCUUUUCUUCCUCCUUUGCUUUUUUGCUUCUUUUCUUCCUCCUUUUUUUUUUUUUCUUUCUUCUUUUUUUCCUUUUUGCUUUUUUUGCUUUUUCUUCUUUUUCUUCCUCCUUUGCUUUUUUUGCUUCUUCUUUUCUUUCUUCUUCUUCUUUUCUUCCUCCUUUGCUUUUUUUUUCUUCUUUUCUUCCUCCUUUCUUUUUCUUUUUCUUCUUUUCUUCCUCCUUUUUUUUGCUUCUUUUUUUCCUCCUUUGUUUUUUGCUUCUUCUUUUCUUCCUCCUUUGCUUUUUUUGCUUUUUCUUCCUCCUUUGCUUUUUUGCUUCUUCUUUUUUCUUUCCUUUUCCUUUGCUUUUCUUCUUUUCUUCCUUUUUGCUUUUUUUUUUCUUCUUCUUUUCUUCCUCCUUUGCCUUUUUUUUUCUUCUUUUCUUCCUCCUUUGCUUUUUGCUUCUUCUUUUUCUUUUUUUGCUUUUUGCUUCUUCUUCUUCCUCCUUUGCUUUUUUUUCUUCUUUUUUUUUUUGCUUUUUUUUUCUUUUUCUUCCUUUUGCUUCUUUUUUUUUCCUCCUUUUCUUUUGCUUUUCUUUUCUUCUUCUUUCUUCUUUUCUUCCUUUUUUUUUUCUUUUUUUUCCUCCUUUGCUUUUUUGCUUCUUCUUUUCCUUCUUUGCUUUUUUUUUUUUUCUUCUUCCUUUUCUUCCUUCUUUUCUUCCUUUUGCUUUUUGCUUCUUCUUUUUUUAUUCCUCCUUUGCUUUUUUUCUUCUUUUUUUCUUUUCUUUUUUUUCUUCCUUUUUUCCUUUUUUUUUUUCUUCUUCUUUCUUCCUCCUUUUGCUUUUUUUGCUUCUUCUUUUUUUCUUCCUUCUUUUUCUUUUUUUUUUUUUCUGGCCCUUUUUGCGGCCUUUCCGGCACCCAAGCAGCUGGUGCCGUCGAAGUACUGGCCAAAGGCUCUUUUUACCUGGGUCACCUCCGCCAUAGCGGGAGGAACCUCCUUCCUGUAACUGUCCUUGUUCUCGAUGCUUUCUUUUACAAGGUUUUUUUUUUAAAUUUUCGCCGUUUACUUAACAGUGUCUCUUCACUGUUUACCAGAUACCAAUCCAUCGACCUACGUUCACUCGCUAUACACCCUUCAAUGCGGAUCAUUUUUACAUCUCUCUCUCUCUCUCUCUCUCUCUCUCUCUCUCUCUAUCUAUCUAUCUAUCUAUCUAUCUACCUAUCUAUCUAUCUAUCUAUCUAUCUAUCUAUCUCUCUCUCUCUCUCUCUCUAUAUAUAUAUAUAUAUAUAUAUAUAUAUAUAUAUACUCUCCCGUCGAAUUUGA